UUUCGGGGGACCUUGCUUCAUAGCGUUGCCACAGCCUCGGCUGCCAGUGGUGUGACGUACCCGUCCAGUCUGAGCGGGCCUAGCCGCCUACUGAUCAUGAGUCGGAGGCCUGAGGUGUUCUUUGUCCGCAUAACGUUCUCGUUUAUGCAUUCAGCAAUCAUGUCUGACAUUCGAACCGAGAGCCAAGUCCAGCCGUCGUUGGUACCUCCUCUAGAUACAUCUCUCUUCAACCCCAGUCAGAUCGAGCUUGAGUUCCUCCGCACGGCGGUGUCAGCGGAUGACGAAGACAUGCGAAGGAGAGUUGUUGAAGUGCAGAAAGAAGCAUAUGCAAAGUAUCCUUACCCAUGCAUCCUCGGCUUCCACCAUGUUGCUCUCAUGAUGUCCGGAAAUCCGGUCUACGCAGCCGUUUUGGAGAGCGGGAAGAACGGUGAUACACUGUUACUUGAUCUUGGAUGUUGCAUGGGAACAGACGUGCGCAAGCUCGCACUCGAUGGCUAUCCCGCGGCGUCCAUCCUUGGGUGCGACUUGCGGCAGGAGUACAUCGACCUUGGGCACAAGCUGUACCGGGACCAAGAGAGCUCAGAAGUUCGCUUCUUCACCUCUGAUAUAUUCGACGUGCUGCCGUCCUUCACCCAGCCGUCUGUAGGGGCGGAACACCUUCGUGGCGUACAGGUCACAUCGUUAUCCCAGCUGCGCAGCUCAGUCACACACAUCUACAUCGGUGCUGUCUUCCACUUGUUCGACGAAGCCACGCAAUAUGCGGUUGCUUUGCGACUUGCGGCGCUGCUGAAGCGCGAGCGCGGUGCUAUCAUCUUCGGGCGGCAUCAAGGUUUGGAACAGGAGGGCAUGCUAGAUGAUCACCUAGGCAGGACACGCUAUGGUCAUUCAGAGCGAUCCUGGCCAAUUCUCUGGAAGAAGGUCUUGACCGAGGCGGAAGGCGCCGAGUUUGCUGAGACAAGGGUCAAGGUGGAAGCAAAGCUCACAGAUACCUUUUGGCAGCACGUCUUCGGGGAGAAGCGGCCCGGUAGUAUGCUCGUAUGGAGUGUACAAAUCGUAUGAGAGCGCCCCAUAAAUGAGUCACGGUCUCGAGGA